UGGUAGGGAAACAUUAAAUUUAUUGAUAUUCAAAAUUCUAAAAUGUGGUUCUUCGUAUUUAUGAUACCUACAAUCAGUGUACUGGCUGGUGAGGGUGAGAAAAUAGUUGGAGGGCGAGCUGCAUCACAGGGAGAGUUUCCUUUUGCAAUUUGCUUGUAUGGCAAAAUACGCUGUGGAGGUACAUUAGUAACUACUACAAAAGUGCUGACUGCAUGCCAUUGUUUCACAAGGGUACCAGGUUUUAACAUUCAAUGGAUCAAUGCAAUUGGUGGGACAGUGAAACUUGUUAAUGAUGCUAAAGGAAGGCAAGAAAAAAGAUUAAGUUCAUAUCAAACACAUGAAGAUUGCCAUCAACAAAAGUCUACCGAUGUCUACGCUAAUGAUAUAGCUCUUGUAAUAGUGGAAGAAGCAUUUGUACUUUCUGAUUCAUUGAAAAUAGCUACAUUGCCCUCUUAUGAUGAUAAAGAAUUCAGGAAAAUGUGGCAAAAUAUAGUGUCCUCAAAAAAAAGUUGUUACACAAUGGGUUGGGGAAGGAUUGAUGAAGCAGAAACACAGCUAGGAGAUAUAUUGAAAGUUCUUGAAGUGAAACCAUGGACAGAUAAAGAAUGCAGUGCUAUGACGAACGCAGGAGAAGAUAUGACUCACAGGGGAGAAGUAUGUGCUUCUCCAAUCACUGCAGGCGACCGUACAGCUAGUGGUGACUCUGGCAAUGCGCUUUUUUGUGAUGGUCAUGUGUUUGGUUUGGUUAAAGGUGAUUUUACUCUCGAUACCAAACAUGCAUUGACAUUUCAGCUAUAUUGGCCUUACAUUAAAUACUUUGGUCUUUCAAAUGCAUCAUUAUAUGCAGCUCCAUGUUCUAUAAUUCUCAUAUUCAUUUCUGCCCAGCUUUUUACAUAACAAUACCACCAAAGUAUUUGGUUUUAGUUUUUCGAUUGAAAAAUAUAUGACAAAAAUUAAUUUUUAAGGUUUAA